AUGAGAAUAUCUAGUUCUGCUCUUAGGAGCUCCAUUCCCAAGCCGUUCUCUGCACUUAGAACCUCGUUUAGAGGGCUUUCAACUGAAGAAUCGACCACCCAUUUCGGAUUCCAAACUGUUAACAAGGAGGACAAAGAAAAGUUGGUGGGAGGAGUCUUCUCAUCAGUUGCUUCGAAUUAUGACAUAAUGAACGAUGCUAUGUCGCUUGGAAUUCAUAGACUUUGGAAGAGUCACUUUAUCAACAGAUUGGACGCAGGUAUGAGACCAGGUUCCAACCGUCCGUUGGAUUUCCUCGACGUUGCUGGUGGCACUGGAGACAUUGCAUUUGGAUUGUUGGACCACGCAGAGAAGAAAUUUCAGGAUACUAAAUCCACUAUGACCAUUGCCGAUAUUAAUGCAGAUAUGUUGGCUGAAGGAGAGAUUCGUUACAAGAAUUCUAAGUGGAAUGAUGGGUCUGAUAGAGUGAACUUUUUGGUACAGAAUGGGGAAACGAUGGAUGCCAUCCCAGACAACUCCAAGGAUGUAUAUACAAUCGCAUAUGGGAUCAGAAACUUCACUGAUAUCCAAGCAGGUUUAAAUACCGCCUACAGAGUGUUGAAACCUGGUGGAAUCUUUGCCUGUCUCGAAUUCUCUCAAGUUGACAACUCUAUAAUUGACUAUGCUUAUCAAGCUUACUCGUUUUCACUCUUACCUUUAAUGGGCCAAUUGAUUGCUAAUGAUAGAGAAUCCUACCAGUAUUUGGUUGAAAGUAUUAGAAACUUCCCAAAGCAGGAAGAGUUCAAGGGUAUGAUUGAAAAGGCUGGAUUUUAUGUUCCAGAAAAGGGCUACGAGAACUUGACCUUCGGUGUAUCUGCUAUUCACAUCGGGGUUAAACUUUAA